AUGAUUGAAGAUCAAUGUUUCCCAAGCCACAUCAUGGUAAUAAUAAAAACAAUAGGCACCAUCAAGGAGCAACUUAUUUCUAUUAAAACUAACCAGUUAAGUGGAGAUUCUAUCAAUACUGAUUUUUUCGUGGCAUCCUUCCAAGAGAUAUUCGCUUCUUUAAAUGACGAAAAGGCCAUCGAUGAUAAAACAAGGCUAUUGUUGACUGACACAAUGAGCGUCUGGCUUUUGAGGUCCCGUCAGUUGCUUGAUAAUAAGUCACUGGACACCGAAUUCUAUAGAGAGUUUUUGAAAGAGACCCUUCUGCAAGAAAAGAAUUGCACUUUCCUGCUUUGUUAUGUCAUAGAUUUUUGGAGCGAGGGUGGAGCAGCCCUAGCUAAUGCUUUGGCAGAUCUCUUCAAAAAACUAACAGCUUUGCUGAGACUUAUUCACGGCAGUGCAUCAAAGUCCAUUUUUAUGGGUUGGGUUAACCAAAUACUGGCCAUCGCACCAUCCAUGAGGGUGUUGUAUUUCUUGCUAGAUUGUUUAUCCGGGGAAAUAGACACGUACAUCGUUUUUCAGAAGAGGCCUUCGUUUGUUGAAGACUCUUUGAAUUUAAUGGGAUCAGAAUCGUUGGCAACACCAAUAGGAAAGUGUUUAACAAGCCUUUUGGUUGGUACGUAUAAGCUGCAUUUCAAAGAAGUUUCCAGUGGUGACUGGUUCUCGUUAUGGGAAAGUACGGUCAUCAGCCAUCUAGAUGAUCCUAAACUUUCCAGAAAGAUUGAGAACUAUGUAUUGGUACCUAUUUUCAAAAGUUGUCCUUCAAAGAUCUUUACUGAAUUUGUUCGUCGUAAUUUUAACGAGACCAGCCACCAGCUAAUACCGAUUUUGAAGAUUGGUCAAGAUCUCUCUAUUGAAGAAGAACCUUUUCAAAAUGACAAGCUUGUUUCUUUGUCUUUCAUUGAGGCAAUGCUACAACAUGAGACUUUCAGGUUGCCAGCAUUUGAACUUCUGACAUAUUCACCAAAAAGAUCGAAAGCUAUUCAACCGUACGUAUACGAACUGGUUAAGAGAAAUAUACACACCUUUUUUGUUGAUAUUGAACUAAAAGUCAGGAACGAUUUUCAUAGUGCAUUUAAGAAAUUCGUGGACAGAAUAAGGGAUUCUACCUACGCCCUCCAAAGAGACGCUGUGAAACUCAAGUCAAAAGGAAAAUUCCCUAACGAGCAGAAUGAAAAGCUUCAUUUGAUAGAAACUGCGCGUGAGUUCCUUUGCUGGCUCAUUCUCUUCUUGAAAAGACAAUUGGCGCCAGGUGCACAGUAUCAAAGAAAAUCCCUUUCAAUCAAAAUUCUGAAGACCCUAGUAUUUUCUCGAAUUGAUUGUCUAAUAAAACGGAAGUACGUGGAUCCAAGACAAAAAAUGGAUUAUCCCUUUAGCAUUUCUGUUUCCGAAGAUGAGACACUGUUCCGCUUGCUCUGUGAUAAUUUGACUGACAAUUUCAAUGACAUCAGAAAUAACAGCCUUGAACUUUUGACGAUUUUUGCUGAUAAAUCGAAAUCCCUUCCGCUUUUUUCUUCUGCCGAAAGAGAAUAUGUUCAUUCCCAAGCCAUGAAGCUUUUAAACUCCUAUAAAGGGUCCGAUGGUGGUGCCAAAGUAAUGGAAUUUCUUUUCAUUGUUGAUAAUAAAAAACAGUUAUUCGUUAGUAACUUAGUGGAAACUCUGUAUGAAAAAGUUCGUUUUGCAUUUGAAACGUUUCCAGAAAGUGUAGACGUUCCAAUAAGUGGUUUUUUCGCAGCUGCUGCUGCAGUUCUUUCCAACUUCAACUUCGAAGAAUCCGAUCAAUCAUGUAACAUUAUAAAAAAAUGCAUUGAUGCAGUAUUCCUUAACUGGGAAACUGUAAAACCCGUCCUUUGUGAAGAGUCACUUGCCAGUAAUUUCAGUUUGGGUGAUACUGACCAUUUGAUUUUUGAUCAGGUUGUAACCAGUUUCGCAUUUCGCUCUAUCAGAGAAUCUGCUAAUUUGUUAAGUACGAUAUUUGCCCGGGGACCACUUAAUAAGGCGGAUUUAACUAGAUGCGGGCAGUUGCUCUUGACGCAGCUAUCUUCUAUCCGUCACAGUGGUGCUUUUCAAUCAAUCGUUCCUUGCUUCUCCGCUUGUUGUCAACGAUGUAGCAGGGACGUACCAAAUCAGCUAGAAGUUUGGAUUAAUGAAAUGAUUGUGACCUUGAAGACUAAAACUCAAUACAUCACUCGUAGGUCAGGUGGUUUACCUUUCUUACUAAGUGCAAUAUUAAUAGCAGAGAAAGCAGAAACCAGGCCUCUUUUAAAUCUAACAUUUGAGACACUGUUGUCCAUAGUAAAAAUACCGGUCUCUGAACAUGAAGAGAGAGUUGAUUUACCGCAAGUUAACGCUUUUAAUUGCAUUAAAGCUCUUUUUGUCGAGUCCGAAUUAUCGGAAUCCUGUACGGCUUUCGUUCAUCCUUCGUUGGAGCUUUGCCUCCAUUUUUUUGCAUCUCCUCUUUGGUCAUUGAGAAAUUGUGCAUUCAUGUUGUUCACCGCCUUACAAAACCGCUUAUUUGGAAAACCAGGAAAGAAUAUAAGCGCUAGACUUUUCUUUACACGCUAUAAAGGGGUACGAGAAGUGCUUUUGAGACAACUCAGAGACUCCUUGAAAACGACAAAUGAAAAUAUGCAUUUGAUUCGUGUGUCUAGCACUUCUUUAGGUUCUUUGCUUCAAGAAUCGCAGAUUGAGUCCAUUUUUCUUGUUCUGACAAUUUUAUCCCGGUUGAAAGAGACCCCGGGCUAUGAAGGCUUACAGGAGUUUAAAGAUCUAGUGCUUGAAUGCUUAGAGUUUAAAACAUGGAAAAUAAGGGAGUUGGCUGCUCGUGCACUACCUCACUUGUGCAGCGAUCCUUUCUCUGAAGCAUUACUCUUAUGGAGCGAUCCCAAUUUUUCCCCUCAACAUCAGAAUCGCUUGCAUGGGUUUUUGUUGGCUGUGAAGGAAGUGUUUGUUAUCGAGCUGGCUAAAUCUGACAAGUCAGAGAUUCCUCAACAUUUAGUUGACUUAAUUGUUGACGAUCUAUCACGACUUUUGAUCAAGAAUCCUUGCUUUAUUACAUCGAACAUUUAUGUGCAGCUUCUAGCUAUGGUAUUGAAAGGUUCUGAGGAGCUGCGUUCUACCCUGAGAAUGAGGAAAAUUAUCAACAGUAUUGGUCAUUACUUCAUAUCACUCAAUAACGAGUACUGCACUGAUGGUUCAAAGCAAUUGCUAAUGAAAAGCCUUCUUAAAAUUCUUUUCUGCUAUGAGGAUCCUGAUAGUGUCAAGGACCUUAUCCUACUAUGUCUUUACUCGCCCUCUUUUGAGGUGCAGAUAGCUUCUGCCAAAUAUAUCGAGUCAAACAUUGACCUUGACCGAGAGGAAAACGUGGAGAUUUUUGAUACACUUAUGAAUCUCCUACAGGAUAGCUUAUUGUGGACACAUGUGAAACAUCAUGUAGUCAUAGCGUUGCAAAAAUCAACAAGGAAAUGUUCGCCUUCUUUGAUCUCGAUUUUAUUGAAUCAGGAGAAUGAUGCUGAAAUGGAAGCAGCAGCGUUGGAAUACCUCGGUUCUGUUGUGGACAAUAACAACAACCAAUAUUGGCAUUACAUCGAUAAGCAUGCACAAGAUGAUUCUUCUCUUGAAAUACGCCAAUCUUGUCUAACGUCUUUGAUGAACUUCUACAAUUCUAACGCAGACCUUAAAGCCAUCUUUAAAAUCAUUGGGUAUCUGUUUGAUGAUGAACUUAACUUAAGAGUGACAGCGGCAAAGUUUUUGAAUAAGCAAUUCAUAAAACUUCCAUUUUUUCGUUGGAAUACGACCUUUUCCGUCACAGUUAAGAUAGCAAUCAGGACUUUAAUAUCCCAAUGCUCCUCUGAAGAGGUCUUUGACCUUGCAAUGAAUUCACUUCAAAGAAAUUUUCGUGAGCUUGAAUUUGUAAAAAGUAUCGAAGAUCAAGAGGAGAUUUUCGAAGUGGAAACUAGUAACCAGUUCAGAAACUAUAUCGACCAAGGUAUUGACAGCAUUAAUCUCCUCAAAUCUGAGCCUUCAAGGAUCGGUGAAGUAAAGAACUAUAUCCAAGAGCUAAUAGCAAAGUUUAUCUUACAAAUGGAAAGAUUUGAUACCCGUGAUGCACCUUUGGGAUGGGGAUCAGAUUCCAAAAUCUUCGCGAGAGUCGUGCUCUUGCGGGCCUCGGCUCUCCAAUUCAGUGUACCUGCCAUAGACACACUUGACAAAGCGUUACACAGGUAUAAAUUUCAUCCUCUAGUAUUCGAGAUUAUGGGAACAUUGGGCACUUCUACGCUUGAGAAUUUAUAA